GUCUUCCUCUGCUAUACUUGUCACGAGAAAAGACAUGCAUUUUCUGCCUGCAAAAGUCCCAGUGAAGAAUGGUUUAUAGGCCGCUAUUAACACAGAGUUUUCUGCUGACGAAGUCAACGAACAACAUAGUUUAAAAGCGUUUUUAUAGCUGAGGUUGAAAGCACAGUAGCCUGAAGUUGUUCCUGAAACUACACACAUGCAUCACUGCGGUCAAUUCAUAUCUUGAAAAACGCUCUUAUAGUUUUUCUCUUGUUCCUUUUAAUCGACUAAGGCGUAAUGGAUCGUUAUAACGAGGUGAAGCUUUUACUGAAGAAGUGGGAGCAGGGUUUCGUAAAAGAGCAGCAGAGGAAACCGAGCAAGGACGACAUUGACCAAGCUCCAGAGGACACCAGAAACCUCUAUAAAGAAUAUCGCAAUUUAAAACAAGCCAAAGAGAACAGCAGCAGCGAUUUAGCCAGUGAACAUGGUGCACAGCCCACAUCAGCUAAGAAGUCAGACUGUUGGGGUUCCCAUCUGAACCGUAGUUUGUUGCCGGCAUCCUCUCCCAGACUGUCAUCUGAGGACAGAGACAGUCUUAAGGCCUCAGCACAGUAUUAUGGCCUAAAACUUAAACAUAAUCUGACCACACUCAGUAAGGAGAAACCUCUCACGCUGAAGAAAUCAGCCCUUCAUGGUCGAGUUCCUCUAAACUCAUUAAAAGAUGGUGGACACAUCAGUCAAACAUGCAGUCCCAAUGCUGCUGCUUCUGCUACUGCUAAGACAUCACCGUCUGACCCCAUAUUCAAUCCCUUCUCACCAAGAAGAGUAAAGACUAACCUGGGGUCACUGACUUCAAAGACACCUAAGCCAGUGGAGCCUGAGGAGCCAUUUGAAACAGUCAAAGGGUUCAGUGAUGAACCUUCAGAUGAAGCAAGUGGUGGUGAUGUUCGUCCAGCUCCCUCUUUAGUCAGAUCUUCUUCCUUUAUGUCAUCAUUAUCUCCUCCAUGUAGCACGGAAAACUCAGUAGAAACCAUGGAGGCUACACAAAAUGCAGGAGCUUCAAGAGACAAAAUGGAGAACUCUGAAACUUUAGGAACUCCAAAACAAGGAAUUAAUUCCUUUAGAGGAAGCUCACAAUUUCCUGGAGGUUUCCUUAACGGAAAUGGAAGUAAUAACACUGGAGGAAGACCUUCUCCUGUCAGUAGAUUCAGUUCUGUUGACAAGAAAUGGCUGGAGAGGUGUCAGGUGUUUGAAGAAUUGGAAGCAGAGGAGAAGCCUGGAGCAGGCAACCAGGGAAGAGACACAGAGAGAAAAGUAGAGAGGGAAAUGGAAGGAGAAGAGAGAGUAGAGGACAGGGGUGGAAAAAUGGCGAACAUUGAGAUAGAUCCAGAGGGAGAAAAGGGAGGGAUGACAGACUCAGUGAGAAAUAAAGACUUUAAGAGCACUGCUACUGACAAAACAGACAGUGAUGGUGCAACAAAACCUAGUAGGAAAAGUAAAGGAGGAGGCAAACUGAAGAGGAAGGGAGGUGAGGAGAUGCAAAGAGAGCCAACGCCACCUCCAACACCAGAGAUUGAUGCAGAUAGUCCUAAAUCUAACGGUACAAAAAAGAGAGGGAGGAAAAGGCAGCGAGAAGAUGAGGUGCCACAAGAGAAACGAGUGAAAAAGCGGAGGGUUGGCAAAGAGGAUGAGGAGAGUCCGGCUCAAAAGGGACGGAAGCAAAGGAGAACCAAGGAAAAAGGAGAGGAAGAUGGAGAGGGAGAUGAGGAGGAGAAGCCAACAGUAACAACCAAAAAGGUCCCCCAGGAGAACUUAUUGGGAGAAAUAGAGGAGGAAUUUGUGAGCAGAAGAAUGUGUCAGAGUCAGCCUGUGAGAUCAAAAGGCAUGAAAGGAGCAGAGGGAAACUUUGUGAAGAUUAAUCUGAAAAAGAAAUCUCAUGUCAAAGGUUAUGCACUUAGAGGAAUGAUGCUACGCAAGCAGAUAUACAUGCAGAAGUUCCAGCUGAAAGGUGAACGUUUCGGUGGAGGUGGUGGAUAUUUCGGCAGAGGAGGAAGAAGAGGAGGCUUUAGAGGGGGGCUCAAUCGCCAGGGUGACACCUGCUACAAGUGUGGAGGGACCGGACAUUGGGCCAUGGACUGCAAGGGACAAGUUGCCCCUCCACCUCCUGUUCCUGAGAACCAGCCUGUUGAAGAGGAGCCGUUUGAAUUGCCAACUCUGGAGGAGGUCGCCAGGGCAACAGGAACACUGGGACCGCAGCCGCUUGUGUCAUGCACCAGUGUCAAUGAGGAGCAGCAGCACCAAGGAAACGGAGCAGAUCAUAAACACAAGGAUGAUGUGCUGUUGAAUGUGAUUCGCCCCGACUAUGAGCGACCUGCUGCUCCGCCACCAAUGGAACCACUUUAUCCUCUCACAGAUGAGGGAAAAGUCCAGGAAACACCUGCUGAUGUAUAUGCAGCUCUGCAAGAACUCGGAUACAAGUCUUUUAGAGCGGGGCAGGAGGAAGCCAUCAUGAGGAUCUUGUCAGGUCUCUCCACUCUUGUUGUGUUGUCAACUGGGAUGGGAAAGUCAUUGUGCUAUCAGCUUCCAGCCUACCUGUACGCUCAGAGGUCAAACUGCAUCAUACUGGUCAUUUCUCCUCUUGUCUCACUGAUGGACGAUCAGCUGUCUGGCGUGCCAGCCAAGCUGAAGGCAGCCUGUAUCCACUCCAACAUGACGAUGAAACAGAGAGAAGCUGCGAUAGAAAAGGUGAAGUCAGGCCAGGUGUGUGUGUUGCUCCUCUCUCCGGAGGCUCUCGUUGGUGGAGGAGGUUCAGGCUCAGGAUGCCUGCCCUCUGCUCAGGAGCUCCCUCCUGUGGCCUUUGCCUGUAUAGACGAGGCUCAUUGUGUGUCUGAGUGGUCACACAACUUCAGACCCUGUUACUUAAGGCUCUGUAAGGUGCUGAGGGAGCGUUUGGGAGUGAAGUGCUUGCUGGGACUUACUGCCACAGCCACUCUGUCUACUGCUCUAGACAUCGCUCAGCAUUUGGACAUCACUGAUCAGGACGGCAUAGCAGUCAGAUCCGCUGCAGUGCCGCACAACCUCCAGCUGUCUGUGUCCAUGGAUAGAGAGAAGGAUCAGGCUUUGGUGUCCUUGUUGAAAGGGGAUCGUUUUGGUUGUCUGGAUUCCAUCAUUGUUUACUGCACCAGAAGAGAGGAGACGACUCGUGUGGCAGCGCUGCUCAGGACCUGCCUGCAGGGAGUUCUGGUGAAAGAAAACAACCAAACCAGCGGCAGCAGCCAAACACAACACAACCCUAUAGGACAGAGAAAAAAAGAGCUGGCAAGGAAGAAGAUUCGUAAGCCUCUAAAAUGGCAGGCGGAGUCGUAUCACGCCGGUUUGUCUGCGUCUGAGCGCCGCCGUGUGCAGAACAACUUCAUGUGCGGGGAGCUUAGGAUAGUGGUGGCCACCGUCGCUUUUGGCAUGGGCCUCGAUAAAUCCGAUGUCCGCGGUAUCAUCCACUACAACAUGCCAAAGAGCUUUGAGAGCUAUGUACAGGAAAUCGGGAGGGCGGGGAGAGAUGCAGAGCCAGCACAUUGCCACCUCUUCCUGGACCCUGAGGGUGGAGAUCUCCAUGAGCUGCGUCGUCAUAUCUACGCCGACACCGUGGACUAUUACACUGUCAAGAGGCUGGUCCAGAAAGUUUUCCCUCCAUGCAAAUGCAAACUGAUACACCAGAAACAGCAGGAUCUAAUCCAGUAUGUGCAGGAUGUUGAAGACUCUGAGCUGUUGGAGAUGAUGGACACGUGUGAUCAGGAGAGUAGUUCAGAUCCUGCUGCUGCUGAUCAGAAGGAGAGGUCAUAUCCAGCUUCAGCUGAGUUACAAAUCCAGGACAAUCCGGAGGAAGAAAAAGAAGAGGUGGAGAGGAAAGAGGUGCAGACAGGUAAUGGAGGGGGAGCAGAGGGUUCGGAGAAAAACCAGGAGGCAGAGGUGAAGGCAGCCAGUGAUGGCCUGGAAGACUGCAAAGAAAAGAGCUACAAUUGGCCCAGAGAGCGGGUUUGUCACACGCAUGAAAGGGCGAUUCCCAUUCAACAGACGGUCGAGGCCUUGGACAUCACAGAAGAAGGUGUGGAAACUCUGCUCUGCUAUCUGGAGCUGCAUCCUCAACGUUUCGUCGAACUUCUCCACCCGACCAUGUCUGUGUGUAAAGUCAGCUGCUACGAUGGGCCGAGACAGCUCCAGAAAAUCACUAAAAUCUGUCCUCCUGUCGCUGUGGUACUGGCCAGAAAGCGGAUGGCAGGUGAGCAAGUGGAGACGUGUGAUCAGCUGGAGUUUGAUGUUGUCGAGGUUGCAGACACUAUGGGAUGGCAGCUUCCUCUUGUGAAGAGAGGACUCAGGCAGCUGCAGUGGAGCACUAGCAGAGCUGGAGGCCGAAGUGGUGUCCUUGUGGAAUUCUCCUCUCCGUCUUUAUACUUCCGUUCCUAUGGCGACCUUAGUGACGAGGAGAUGGACAGAGUUUGUCAGUUCCUCCAUAAUCGAGUGCAAGACCAAGAGAAAACGCAGCUCUAUCAGCUGAGUGCCUGUUUUAAGGCUUUCAAGAGUGUUGCCUUCCAAAGCGUCCUAUCCUGCGUUGGUGAUUUGGAUGCGAGUCGCAGUCUGCAGCUGAAAAGUCUUCUGUCUGAGUACUUUGACAAGAGACGAGACCGUGAGCACAUGCUCAAACCAGUAGAGAUGGAGGAGCUUGACAAAUAUAAGAUAGUGGACUGGGAAAAUCAGAUCAGAGCAGACAUCAGAAGUUUUCUUUCCAACCGCAGUGAUGAGAAAUUUUCUGGAAGAGCUGUCGCCAGAAUACUCCAUGGCAUAAGCAGUCCGUGCUAUCCUGCUCAGACCUACGGCAGAGACAGGCGUUACUGGAGGAAGUACAUCCAGUUUGACUUCAACCAGCUCAUCAGACUGGCUAUUCAGGAGAUCAUUUGUUUCAAGUAACUCUCCAAACAUGUAUAGCAGAAGCACACACACAUGCAUACUAUGUAUGGAUUCAUGGACAUCAAUUUGCUUUAACAUGUAAACUUAACUUUACUUAAAUUAUGUUGUUUUCUGUUGAGUUUUUAUACGUAUAUUUGUAGGUCAUAAUUAAAUAAAAUCCAUUUUUCUA